ACAGCACUUCAGACAGCAUUAUGCUGUAGUCGGCAAUCUUCCGUUUUGGUAUAGAGUGGGACAGGGAGGGGGUGAUGCUACUGCUGUAGUCGAACGGUGGGACGGACGUGCAGUUCAGUUUUUGGGCACGCAUACGGUGCUGCAGGGAUUUUUAGGUGUACCUCUUCGGGCUCUUGCAUACCUUUUUCUCGUCAGAUGUGUGCGUGUUCUUUAGAUCCUCAGAUGGCUCUAGCACUUUCGUGACCACGGGCUGAGAGUCUUUUGCUAGAUUUUGGCAUUUAGCAACUGACAUACGGUUUAAUUUGAAGACAAACAAAACAAAACAAACAAAACGGUGGGGACGUGGGGACGCAAUGUUACUCAGCUUCGCAGUGCUCAGCUGUCAAAGAGUGGAGGGCUUUGUGCCACGGCGCGUAUCCAUACCGCCAUCCCGUACGCGCAGCGCAACGGCGACAGCACACCUGAUCAUGGCCGAGAGGAGCGGCAGCAGCAGCAGCAGCAGCAGCAGCAGUCCCCAGGGUCGGAGCGGCAGCACAGCAACAGCGUCGAGGAGGAGCGACGACAGCCUGCCUCGCCCUGGCAUUCUUAUCGUCGGGUUCGGGGGUGGGAAUGGUGUCACCGUGGCCGCCGGCGUGCUCGCGAACCAGAAGAACAUCUCCUGGGAGGGGCCCACUGGCCGCAACUCUCCCAACUACCUCGGCUGCAUCACGCAGGUCCCGAGCAAAGGCGGCAGCGGAGGCUACCGCGAGCGAUACGCCCUCGCCGAUGCCAACAACGCCGCCAUCGGAGGCUGGGACAUUCGCCCCACCCCCCUUGGCGAGGCCCUCUACAACGCCCGCAUCCUCGACUUCGACCUCGUCCGGCAGGUGCGCGACGAGAUGGACACCCUCAGGCUGCUCCCGGGCGUUUGGGACCCGGACUUCAUCGGCGAGUCGCAGCAUGAAUCGGCCACGCACGUCGUCGGGGACGGAGAGAGCCAGCAGAGCCGCCUGGAGCGCCUCCGCAAGGACAUCCGAGAGUUUCGGGAGGCCGAAGGCGUGAUGGGGCACGUGACAGUCAUCUGGAGCGCGAGCGUGGAGCGGCCCAGCGAGCGGGAAUUCCAGGAGCCUAGCCAGCUACUGGAGGCAAUCGCUGCAGACGACAAGGAGGUGUCUCCUUCUAUGCUGUACGCGUCUGCAGCCGUACUCGAGGGAUGCUCCUUCGUCAACGGUGGCUCGCAGAACACCAUGUGCGGGGCGCUCCUGAAGUUGGCCGAGGACAACGCGUGCUAUAUGCUCGGCACCGACUUCAAGGCCGGGCAGACGAAGUUCAAGACCGCAGCGGUAGAGUAUAUCCGCUCCCUCGGCAUGUGCCCCAAGGUGAUCGCGUCGUCCAACCAUCUGGGCAACAACGACAUGCUCAACCUCACCACCAAGAAGACCCUCAGCGCUAAGAUGAGAGUCAAGAGCAACAUCUUCGCUCCGUGGGAAGAGGACAUCAACCACGAGGUGCGCGUGAUGUACACGCCCCUCAUGGGUGACGAAAAGCGAGACAUCGUCGAGUACACCUCCUUCGGGUUCAUGAACUGCGCGCACACCAUGCUAACCUACACCCGCGCCAUGGACAGCGCCCUCUGCGUGCCCCUCAUGAUCGACGCGGCCGUGUGGUGCGACUACUUCGCCCGCGCGGGCGCGCACCAGGACAGCGUUGCCCGAGCUCUGGCCUACCUCUUCAAGGUACCUGAGGGGGGAGCGCAGGGUGUCGACCCUGGUUUCUUCAAGCAGAUGCGUGCCCUGGAAGAGGAGCUGGAGGCCACGCGGCUGGGAAGUGCGGCGGCGGCGGCGGCGGCGGCGGCGUCGCCCGAAGGAGCGUCCGCGGUCGGCGGGAUGCUGGUGGGGAGGGUGCUGUGCGCCGGGAUAAGCUGCCUGGAUCUUCAGCUGUGCGGGUCGGGGGGCGGCGGCGAGGGGGGGGUAGAAACGAUCCGAAAGUUUAAGGAGACCAAGUACUGCCCCGGGGGGUCGUGCCCGCAGGCAUCGACGGCGUUGGCUAGGCUCGGAGUGCCGGGGGUGGUGGCGGUGACCAAGAUGGGUGCGGACGCCCACGGAGACGAGAUGGUUCGACAGAUGUUAGCCGCCGGCGUAGACUGCUCCCGGGUUAUCCGCGACGCUUCCGUCCAGACGGCACUCGCGGUGCUGCCCAUAUUCUCGUCGGGCGAACGCGGCUGCUUCGUUAACCUUGCCGCCAACGACGACCUCUUGGGCGACGAGGUGGCCGCGGUGCUUAAGGAGGUGGCUGCGGAAGACGGGCCGCCUCUGGCCGCGUUUCACUACGGUUACCCGCACUUCACCAAGCAGGCACGGCAAGCUCUGGCGGACGUCCUCCGCCUUCCGCGAAGCCUCCCCGGCUCCCCAUUGGUCAGCCUGGACCUCAACGGCGUCGAUCCUGGGAAGGACGCCCCGACCCGUCACGCCGCCGUCCUUGAGAAGGCAUACCCCUUCGUGGACAUCCUCCACGCCAACCUCGAAGAGGCCGAGGCAAUCGUGGGAUCCUUGGAAACCGGCGACGGCGAUGCUCGCCUCCGGGCGCUAGCGGAGUGGUUCCUGAGCAAGGGGGUCGCCGUCGUGGCGAUCACGGCGGGGGCUAAGGGCUCCUUCACCGCGGUGACGAGCGACGCCGAGAGGCUGGCCGCUUCCCCGGGCCUGGCGAGGCAGGUCUCGGCGUGGGCGGGCCGGGAAGUCAGGGCGGCCGCUUUCGCGGUUGGGGAGGAUGCCGCCGUUAACGCUAACGGUGCCGGGGAUGCCUUCGUCGGGGGCCUGGUGCUAGCCGCCGCGGCGUGGAGGGAGAGCCUGAGCCUGGAGGAGGCGGUGAGGUUCGCGGCGCUGGCGGCCCUCCAGCGCGUGGACGAGAGCCUGCGGCAGGCCGAGGACGCGAGAAACGCAGCGGAACUGAUGACGGUUGCCAGGGCCGGGUCGUUGCCGCCCACGCUCCCGCUGAGUUGACGUAUGUUUCUUUUUUUCUGUGUGUGACCCGGGUUUGUUUGUUCAGCGGUAGAACUUGCGUUUUUGUAUGUUUUGUGUGCAAAAAGAAGGGUAGCCUUUUCGUCGGCUGAGUUAGAUGAGCCCAGCUGGCAGAGUUGAUGGCAAGAUCCAUGCGUUCUUUGCACGGCCGCGAUUCUGUUGCUUUUGAUAGGUCAGCUAACACGCUGAGCGAUGUACUGCCGACGUGGGUGUGCGAUACGCCGCCUAUCGCACGAGUUCGAAGUACAUGUAGUAGAGGUUAGGCUGUUGAGAGAUUAGGGCGGCCAGGAAGCCUCAAGCUGUCCUAGUUCACGUCCCGAGUCGACGCAGCUUGCAGAGUCGCAAACGCGAGGUAUGUAAGGGAAGCUAUUGGUGCAGCUUUUCGAACGAGAUCGUGACUGCGUGUCCCAGGAGAUUGGUUGUUGGUCAUGGCUUGUCCACUUCUUAAUAAAUUAACCAUUAUAUGUACAUGUAGACAGGCAAUACCCACCUCCUCACCUUUAUCUAUGCCGCUAUCAACCUGGUAACCGACCUUCACCUGCACCGAUGCAUCCCCAAAACAUACGUACAGACCCCGUCACAGAGCUGGGCAAUGCAGCGCAAAACGGCACAGGGCAAUAUACUCCGUCUACCGCAUCCGACUUAAAGACAGACUUAGGCAAGGGCCGGAGCUGAAGGCUCACCAACCCAUGGCCUACAUAACAUGGCCACAAGGCAAGACAAUCACAACACAAGCGCCUUCACAGCAGUGCACAUCUACAAACACAACAACCUUGGACACAUGGACCUUGGUAUUCGCGGGUGGUUUUCGCAGAUGGACAAUUGACUUCCCGCCCCCCCCCCCCCC